UGAUUGAGACAAAAUAUGAGGUCUCCAAUUGUAACCCAACUCUUGCACGUACACGCACCUCCAUAAUAUUUUUUUUUUGUAUAUAUACAAGGCGGUCGCUGGCUCCUGCAAUAUAAGUUGAUCUGCUUGGGGGGACAGAUCGGCCUCAACAAUCAAUCAAGCAUGGAGAAAGAAUUGACCCAUGUUCACUGGGGAGAGGUUUUCUGGUUUAGCUGGUUUUCCUUCGUGAUUGGAGUUGGUGCAGGCGUGCUCCUGCUCGCCCUCAUCAACGCGUUCAGGAGUUCUUACUGGGACGUCUACUCCCUCGAGCUCACCGGCAUCGACGGCCGCGGCCAGCCCGCGGGGCUCAGCGCCCUGGCGUUCAACGUGACCCUGCACGUGGAGAACAGGCGGCCGAAGUGGGUGGACAACAGCUUCAGCGAUGGGAAGGUGGUGGUGUCCUACGCGGGCGUCGCUGUAGCGGAGGGCCGUGUGCCGGGCUUCAGGGUCGGAGCGAAGAGCGCGGCGGAGGUGGAGGCGGUGGCGCUGGGCGGCAAAGCUGCAGGCGUGGCGGACGCCGUGAGGAGGCGCGUGGAGGCGGAGCUGCGCUGGGACUCCGCGGAGUUCGAGGUGGAGGCCAAGCUGUUCCGCAGCGGCGUCGGACAGCAAGGCGGCCCCGUCGUGCUGUGGUGCAAGGUUGCAUCGCGGGUGCUGCAUCAGCCGUCACGGUGCAGGGCCUUCACCGACUUCAUGACUAGGGCUGACGAGGAGUUUUGA